CACACUUGAGCUAAUUCAUUGAACAUAAUUACAUUUGAUGAUGGAUAAGCAAGUUGCAUCCCAUGAAUCUUCUCCUUCUUCUCCUCAUGUAAUCAUGUUCCCAUUCCCAGUUCCGAGUCACAUCCACUCCAUGCUCAACUUAGCCCAAAUCUUUUGUGAAGCCCAUCUUAGUGUGACUUUUGUGAUGACCGUCCACGCUCGGAAUGCCUUCUCAGGCUUCUCCGAUCUGGAAUCCCAGUUCAGCCACCAUGCCGCCGGCAAAAUUAGGUUCGAGUAUAUUUCAGACGGGCUCCCUGACGAGCACCCGCGAGGCGUGACUGAAUUGUUGGGUUCUUUAGCGGCCACGGCGACGCCACUACUGAAAGAGAUGGUGCAGAAGGAGGAGGAGGGUGCGGCGGCGGCGGCGCCGAGGUGCGUGGUGGUUGCCGACGCGCUGUUGAGUUUCGGGGUUGAAAUGGCGGAGGAAUUAGGGGUUCCCAUUUUUCAGUUUCAUUGCAUAAGCGCUUCCGCCAACUGGACUUGCUCAUCUCUCCCUCGACUCAUUCGCGCCGGCGAGCUUCCGCUAAAAGGAAGGGACAUGGACAUGCCAAUCACCAGCGUUAAGAGCAUGGAAGGCUUCCUUAGAUACCGUGAUCUCCCUGCAGUUUUCCGAGUUGACGAUGUUCACAAUGAUCCCACUCUGCAAAUCUUCCAUCAACUCCCCCGGAAUUACACCCAAUCCAAACAUCACAUAAUCAACACCUUCCAUGACCUAGAGAGGCCGAUACUCGACCAAAUGCCGACCAUUAUGUCCAACGUUUACGCCAUCGGACCACUCCACGAAUUCCUUGCCGCCAAUGGCGGCAGUAGUAACGUUAUAAUAUCCGAUGAUGAUAACACUAAAAGCUGUUUGGAUUGUCUCGACAAUCAGCCGGCGAAAUCAGUGUUGUACGUAAGCUUUGGAACCCUAUCAAUGGUGAGUAGAGAAACCCUAGUGGAGUUUUGGCAUGGGCUGGUGAAUAGUGGGCAGCGUUUCUUGUGGUCUUUGAACUCGAACUUGGUGACAGGCCGGGAGAUUCCUGCAGAAAUCUUGACCGGUUCUCGAGAAAUGACUUGCGUUGUUGAGUGGGCCCCGCAACGUGUUGUGCUAGGCCACUUUGCUGUUGCUGGAUUUUUAACUCACUGCAGGUGGAAUUCAAUUCUGGAGAGCAUAGUUGCUGGAGUUCCGAUGAUAGGCUGGCCGAUCUAUGGUGAACAGCAAGUGAAUAGUAGGUAUGUUGCAGAGGUGUGGAAGGUUGGCCUAGACAUGAAGGACACUUGCCACCGAGUCAUAAUUGAGAAGAUGGUGAGGGAACUUAUGGAAGAGCGGAAAGAUGAAUUUCUUAAAAGGGCUCCACACUAUUCGAAGUUGGCUAAACAAAGUGUGAGACAAGGGGGUUCAUCCUCCUCUAAUUUGGAGCAUCUACUUGAAGAUAUAAGGAGAAUAUGAAUUUGUGCAUGUUAAUUUGGUUAAGAAUUAAAGUGGAUCGGAAUAUCUUCAGUUGAGUUAAAGAUAAUGUAUUUUAUGAUCGGAGUUAUAUAAUAAUGUACGUGUUAGA